UGCACUGACUCUAAGGUAUUGGGUUCUGAGAACUGAGGCUUCAAGGAAUAUUGCCAGGGACGGACUUUAUUUCAUGUAUGACCUGAAUGGAGGCUGUUAGUCUAAUUCUGUGAAGAGCAGACAUGAGCUUAUAUGCAAGAAGGGUAACUUUGCCAGCGAUUACUCCAAUAGUUCUUCAAAAAAGGGUAAUUAAAGUAUACAGUGAGGAUGACACUAGCAGAGCUUUGGAAGUGCCAAGUGAUGUAACAGCCAGAGAUGUAUGCCAGCUAUUAAUACUGAAGAAUCAUUUCAUAGAUGACCACAGCUGGACACUGUUUGAACACCUUCCUCGCAUAGGUCUAGAAAGAAUUCUAGAAGACCACGAAUUGGUAAUUGAAAUUCAGUCACACUGGGGAAUCGAAGAAGAAAAUAGACUGUAUUUUAGAAAAAACUAUGCCAAAUAUGAGUUUUUUAAACACCCAGUGAAUUAUUUUCCAGAGCAUAUGGUGUCGUUGUCAAGCGAGACUAGUGGAGUGAUAGGCCACACACAGAUAUUACAGAUGUUCCUAAGUUCCAGCACAUAUCCUGAAAUUCAUGGUUAUUUGCAUGCAAAGGAGCAAGGGAAGAAAUCAUCAUGGAAAAAAUUAUACUUUCUUUUGAGAAGAUCUGGCCUGUAUUUUUCCACUAAAGGGGCAUCAAAGGAACCAAGGCAUCUGCAGUUUUUCUGUGAAUUCAGCAGUAGUGAUAUGUAUAUGUCUUUGGCAGGCAAAAAGAUGUCUGGAACACCAGCAAACUAUGGAUUCUGCUUUAAGCCUAACAAAGCAGGAGGAGCCAAAGACCUGAAGCAGCUCUGUGCAGAUGACGAGCAGAGUAGGACUUGCUGGAUGACAGCAAUUAGAUUACUUAAGUAUGGAAUGCAGCUGUAUCAGAAUUACAUGCAACCAUAUCAAGGUAGAGGUGGCUGCAGUUCUCUGACUAUAUCACCUAUGAGAAGUAUUUCAGAAAAUUCCUUGGUAGCAAUGGACUUCUCAGGACAUAGAAGCAGAGUUAUUGAAAAUCCAACAGAAGCCCUUUCAGUUGCAGUUGAAGAAGGGUUAGCAUGGCGGAGAAAAGGGUGUUUACGACUCAACACACAUGGAAGUCCUACCACCUCUCAAAGUGCCACAUCCAGUGUAGGUAUGUGUGAAUUAAUUUACAGCCCCAGAAGAGAUGCAAUAAUGUUUAUAACGAUCUUUAUAAUUUUUCCAGCAAUACAUAGAACACAACUGUGGUUUCACCAUAAAAUCUCUAGGGAUGAAGCUCAACGACUUAUUUUACAGCAAGGACUUGUAGAUGGGGUUUUCUUGGUACGGGAUAGCCAAAGUAAUCCCAAAACGUUUGUAUUGUCAAUGAGCCAUGGACUAAAAAUAAAGCACUUUCAAAUUGUACCACUGGAAGAUGAUGGAAAGCUAUUCUAUACACUGGAUGAUGGUCACACCAGAUUUACUGAUCUCAUCCAGCUUGUGGAGUUCUACCAGCUCAAUAAAGGAGUAUUACCUUGCAAGUUAAAACACUAUUGUGCCCGAAUUGCUCUUUAACCAAAACCAAGUUGGUUCACCAAAUAGAAAAAAGGAGAUGCUAGAACACUUUUCCAAGGCAAUUUCCUAGGAGGAAAAGUCAAUAUAUUGAAAUGGUUGUGAUUUUCAGAUGCAAAGAAAAGUUUAUAUGCUCUGUACAGAAAGUACUUUGCAUUGUAAUUGUCACUGCAAAAUAACUUUACAGUCAAAUGAACUUCAGAAAAUAUUUCAUGUGAAAUUAUGUAAUGUUGCAGCACUGGAAUCUUUUUCAAAUGCAAAUAGAUAUUUUUAAUAUAAUGCAACUUUAUUUACCAAAAUAAAAUUGGAGGGUGCCUCAUUGUUAGUAAUAGAUGACUAAUAAAUGAGUUAAUUGCAUUCAGAAAUGCUCUACACUGUGGAAUAGAAAUUGUGUGUGCGGAGUAUAACAUCAGCUUUGGGUGGAAAAACUUUAGAAGCUGGAUCGUACUUAAUUUGUAAAUCAAUUAUUUUGCACUAUAUUUUUAAAUGCUAUUUUGUGGCUUAUUGCAUUCAAAAGUGAAAAUAUUCUGA